AUGCCUCCCCGUGGAUUCACAAAUCCAGCCCCCAAAACUGAGAGUGCUCGCGAGGCUGUCAAGUCCUUCUACUGCGAAUUAUGCAGCAAAGGAUACGCUCGAAUGAAUGAGUAUGAAGCUCAUCUCUCUUCAUACGACCACUCUCACAAACAGCGUCUUAAGGAUAUGCGACAAUUAACACGCGACCCAAUGGCCUCUUCCAAAGCUCGAAAAGCAGAAGCUAAAGCAAACUCACAAUCUGGAUUGAUAUCGAUUAAGUUGAGUGGAGAGGCAAACUCGGGUGCUGGAGCUACUGGUGCAGGUUUCAAGAAAGGGGGUUUUAAGAAAUCCGGAUUUAAAAGUGCUUUUGCGCCCGUGGAUGGCGAUGGAGCCGAUACACCUGUAAAGGAUGAGAUCGAAGAGAAGAUCGAAUUUGGCAGAAACGUGGGAGUUCAGGGAGAGGAUUUGGAGAGCGAUACCGAUGAUGAACAAUACGGAUACGAUAUGUACGACCCGAGGCGUCCCACAGAUUGA